CCCUCUGCCGCUUAUUUCUGCUCUGUAUGCGUCGCGACGCGCACCGACGCCCUCACGCGCGCUUCUCUGGCGACGCUAAUAAAGACGCCGGCCGUCGCUAAUCCUCUCUCUACGUCACUAGCGUCUGUCUCACCGCGACUAAUUAGACUAUUGUCGGACUACGGCCGGACCGAAGGAAAGGUCGCAUGGACAUGCGGCGAGCGAUAGACGGGCCGGGCCUACGUUGUUGACGGACAGGCCGUAGGUGAUGUGACACCGAACAUGUGCGGAUUGAAAGUGCGCGGUGGUGCUUGGAGGUGUCUUAUGGUUUGGAGUUUGUUGUCGGUGAUUGAAGAUGUGCUCUGUUUGAAAAACGUCGCCCUGUUCAUAGAGCCGGACGUGGUCCAGUACAAGGACAAAUCGACGCUGAGAUGCACGUACGAUCUCGAGGACGAUGUCCUGUACUCUGUCAAAUGGUACAGAGGGAGCCACGAGCUGUACAGGUACAUUCCCGGAGAAAGACCGAGUAUCAAGUUUUUCACGGUGCCGGGAGUAACUGUGGACUUGGCAGAGUCGAAUUCGUCGCAAGUGGUCCUAAAAGAUAUCGAGUUCAAUCUGGCUGGAAACUUUAGUUGCGAAGUAACGACGGACGGACCGAACAUUCACACAAGAAUAGACAGGAAAUCCAUGCUAGUUGUGCAAUUGCCAGAGAGGCCUCCGGAAAUAAGCGUGGGGCGCGAACCCUUGGACUACGGCGACGUUUUACGCGCCAACUGCACCUCCUACCCAGCCAGGCCCCCUGCUCAUCUAAAGUUUCUAUUAAAUAACAUUACGGUGAACCAAAGUGAACCGUCUCUAUUCCGUAAACUGAACCAACGUGAUUGGACAGAUCUGCAGUUGGAGCUCAAACUGUCUUUCAUCCACUUCAACGAAGGUAGACUGGUUCUACAGUGUGUCGCAGAAAUUGCUUCCAUCUACCAUGAAGUAGCUGAGUUAGAAUUAGAAAGUCUCAGACAUCCAGUGCCUGCUAGAGUCAGCGCGCCGUCAAACACAGCAACGAAGUCUUCUGGAAAAAUUAACUUCACAGUGCAACUCCUACUGAGUUUGUUCAACUUGUGUUUUGUUUGUUUUGGUUCACUCUAGGUCAUUCUGGUUAAAAACACUUUUAAUAAAACAAUCUACGCUAUUUUAAAAUUAGUUAAUUACAAUUUACUUUUUUAUUAAAUACGGUAAAGUGUUAAGGUACGGACACACUGCUAGAUCAGGUGCUUUGUACUAGAGAUGCACAAAAUUCUAAAAGAUCGAUAUUGUGAAUCGAUAAAAAAAUGUGUUGUACAAAUCGAUAAAAAAAUUCAUACUCCAAAAUAUGAGUGCUUCCCAUGCCAUUUUAUAAAAAGUAAAAUAACCCAUCUUACUGUAGAAAUACAGUAUAAAAACUGAAGAGACAAUAAAAAUACAUAUUACCCCCAAAAUGGAUCAUAAAUGUCAUAAUUAUUUAAACUCUCUAAUAGUAUAAUAAUGCUAUUUAGCAAGAAAUAGUCGCAGUUAACUUAAAAAAUUCACAAAAAAAAAUAUUAAAAUUUAGACGUAAUAUAUAUGGAUAUGCACAAUUUUUUGCACUAUCUAUACAAAGUAUCUAGUAUAUUGAUAUUCUGGAAUAUCGAAUAAUUGUGCAUCUCUAUCUUGUACAUUAAUUUACAUUUGUAUGUGUAUGUAUUACGCUUUGUAUUUUUA